UUUCUUAAUGUAAAUGUAUGCAUCUCACUAUCUCUAUCUAUCUUCCUCCCCUCUCUCCAUACCCACCUACCUUUAUUAUCUCCCUCCCAACCUACCUACUGACCAAUCCAACUACCUAUUGAACACAUCCUACUCCUUAACCUAUUGCAAAACCUACAAUCUAACUUCCUGCUUAACGUACAUCUCUUCCCACCACCCGAAUCGUCAAAUCACCUAAUUUACCAAAAUACCUACUCCACAGGACACCCAGGGGGGCCAGGAGCUAGAGGGGACCCAGGCGAGGGAGGCUCACCAGGGCCUCGGGGUCCCCGGGGGGACAUUGGACCCAUGGGUCCAGAGCCUGAUCUAAGGCAUAUCAAAAGAGGCCGCAGAGGACCAGUGGGACCACCAGGGGCCCGCGGAAAAGACGGUUCAAAGGGUGACAGAGGAGCUGAUGGUCCCAGUGGGCCCCCUGGCCCUCCAGGCUCCUUCGACUUCCUGUUGCUGAUGAUGGCCGACAUUCGAAAUGACAUCAUUGAACUGCAGGAGAAAGUGUUUGGAGACAAGAGGGGCAUCUCGUUGGACUCUUUUCCCUCCGGUGGGGAGCCUGAUUUUGCCGAGUGGGGGUCCGGCCAAGGGGACCUCAUGUUCAGUACCUGAACUUUUUGAAUGCUGCUGGUGUCAUUAUUUAAAGACAAAAAGAGGACUCCCGAAGGACACGAAGGACUUGAAAGGUCAAGCCUUUUUGCUCGCAUCUCUUCCUCAUCCUCUCUCCUCCUGCUACAGGUUAGCAUGCAAACGGAGAGUCUCUUUUCAAAUUAAAACGAGGUUCUUUAUUGCCAAUGUGCAGCGAGAGGGAUUAUUUGUUCAAUAAAAGAAAGAAAAUGUCA